CCAUUGGUUGCAAUCUGGUAGCAUUGGUUGUUGCAAUCGUGGGUUCGUCGCCGCCGUCGAAUCCCGCUUCAUGACGCGUGUCGAAGCAUCGCAUUGGCGUCUCGAGGACGACAUCGCCCUCUCCAUCCUUGCGAUCGUUUGUGCCCGCCCGUCCCUUGGGAGCUUCAAGAGUCCAACAACGCCCUGUGAGGCAUCUUCACAUAUCGCACGUCUGCUGGUCUCCUCCUCUCCACCGAUCAAGCGAGAACACGACGGACAGACAGGCUAACGAACAAACAGGAGAUGGGCGCGUCCUCUUCCGCCGAUCACGGAGGCAUCUCGGAGCAACAGCAGCGGCAGGAAGAGGAGGAAAACUUAGCCGCCGCCACUGGCUUCCUCCCCUCCCUUCGCAAUGCCUUCUCCAGCCUCUCUCCGCCCUCCUCCUCUUCCGUCCCCCUCGCUUCCCUCCAGGAAGCUCUCUCCCUGAACGUGCAAGUUGUUGCGUCCGAAUCCACGCCGGUGCCGGAGCACUUCCCUGCACUGUCGAACAAUCUCGGCGCAACCCUGGUCUCGCUCUUCUUCCCCGUUGCCGAUGAUCGUGCUGACGGUCGAAUUGAUUGGAUUGGCUUCUUGAGCGGCUACAACCGGUGCUGCGGCAGGAUGCCCGUCUCACGAUCCAUCAACGUGCUAUACAGAUUGUACGCCGCCCUGUCCCGGGAAGCCGGAGCGCCUUGCGGCUUGGAGUUCGAUCCCGAUGCUGGCGACGAUGAUAAGGUGGGCGGGUCUCUCUUGCCGGGAGAGGUGCUUAUGCUUUUCUGGAUCAGCUGGGUCAUGGGGCAUUCUUCGAGGAUCGCGAAGAUGUCCAGAAACGCAAAGGAUCCUUUGGUGCUCCCUGACAUGAGCCAUUUGCUAGUGUCGGCUUUGGUUUCGUGCGGUGUGAUCGCGGAGGAAGAUGAGCACAUUUGGAGAUCCGAUGUUUUGGCGGUCGAUAAGGGUGUUUCUGCGCAGAAGUUUCAGACGUGGGUCUUGACGACAGCACCAGGCUUGGCGAAUUGUCUUCCGAAGUAUGUCCAGGAGAGAAUCCAAGCUUGCUCUUCUUCGAAGGAGAGUGAAGGCUCCUCUAUUUCAGCAUCUGAUAACAAUUCGACUGGUAAUGUUCGUGAUGUGUGUCUCUUGACACGAGGAAGGGCUUGGGCUGUCUCCCUUGCAUUGAGGGAUAGGUUGAGUGAAGAAUUUCUUGCUGCCUCCUUCCAAGGAAUAAACUCUGGGGACUUCUUAUACAGGUCAUCAAUUCAUGGGAAGGGUUUGAGUAGGUUUUGGUCUAAUGUUGAAGGUUACAAUGGACCCCUAAUAGUUUUGGUCUCUGCUAGUUCAGCAGAAUCCUCAGAGGUUGAUAGAAGUUCCAGAGGGUGGGUGAUAGGAGUACUAAUUACACAAGGUUUUGAGAACAGAGAAACAUUUUUUGGAAGCUCUGGAUAUCUUUUUGCAAUAAGCCCAAUUUUCCACGUGUUUCCACCCUCUGGAAAGGAAAAGAACUUCAUUUAUUGCCACUUGCAUCCUGCUAUAAGGGUCUAUGAAGCAAAUCCAAAACCUGUUGGCUUAGCAUUUGGGGGAUCUACCGGCAAUGAGAGGAUAUUUUUGGAUGAAGAUUUUGCUCAAGUUACCGUGCGUCAUCAUGCAUUUGACAAAACUUACCAACAUGGACCUCUCACUCCUAACCAGGGUUUCUUACCAGUUGAGGCUCCUGUUGUAGAGGUCGAGGUAUGGGGUUUUGGUGGAAAAACCGCAAAGGAACAGCAAGAUUUCUAUAAAAAAAGAGAGAUGCUCUUCUCAGAACAGCGGCGAAAGGUUGACCUGAAAACCUUUGCUAGCUGGGAAGAUUCCCCCGAGAAGAUGAUGAUGGACAUGGUCUCUGAUCCAAACAAAGUCCGACGGGAAGACCGCUAGAAAAAAAGAUUUGGUUUAUGCGUCCUGCUAUUAUUUGAUUGUCAUAUUUCAUAGAUAUAGAGGCUCAUAAUCCAGUUAACCAUGAGAUAGGGUAAUUAUAUUGUUUCCAGGAAGUUCUAAUGAUCUCUAUUUCUUUCGUAUCAGAGAUGUAUCUAUCUGAACUCACCACUGUAUCCAUGUAAUAGCUGUGAUGAAUGAAAUGAAAAUAUAUAACGU